AUGGGCGACGUCACCUAUGGCGCAUGCUGCAUAGACGACUACACGGCACGCGCUCUGGGCUGUGACCUUCUCGUCCACUACGCCCACUCCUGCCUGAUUCCCGUGGACGUAACGAAGAUCAAAACGCUAUACAUCUUCGUCGACAUUAGCAUUGACACUUCGCACCUCAUUGCGACUCUCGAGCGCAACUUUCAACCAGGCAAGACAAUCGCCACUGUUGGCACAAUUCAAUUCAAUGCAACGCUCCACGGACUGAAACCGGUUCUCGAGCGCGCUGGGUUCAACGUCGUCAUCCCGCAAAUUACACCGCUGUCAAAAGGCGAGAUAUUAGGCUGCACCUCCCCUUCCCUAUCUGCUCAGCAAAUUGACUACUUGCUGUACCUCGGUGACGGCCGCUUCCACCUCGAAUCUGCCAUGAUCCAUAACCCCUCCAUACCCGCUUACCGCUACGAUCCUUACUCUCGCACCCUCAGCCGCGAAUCCUAUGACCACACCGAAAUGCACACCCUCCGCCGCGAUGCCAUCGCCGCCGCCCGCACUGCGAAAAAAUGGGGGAAACCCACAUACGAUGGCCAUGAUUGA